AUGGCACAAGACAAUUGUGAGCGCACAUUUCUAUAUCCGCCAGUAGCAGUACAUGACAGUUGUUCUCAAUCGUUUUUGACUGAGCCUAGUGCUCCACCACCGGUGAAUGAUAUUGGCGGAGAAAAUACUGAACCGAAAAAGACAUUGUUAAAUGUUGCACAGGAAAAAGUAACGACUGUUGUGCGUGCUGAAGCUCAAAAGCGAAACUUAGCCGAAGAAGUGAUCUUGGGUCGGCUUUCACCGAUUGAUAUAUUGACUUUUGGGCGUUCGGGAGUCGGGAAGUCGUGUCUGCUGAAAGCAAUCACCAAAGUCGAUAUACCCACCUCAGCUCAACUUGAUCAUUGUACCGAAACACUGACAGAAGUACCAUUUGUCUGUGGCAAGUUAACCUUUCGUUUUUGGGACACGAAAGGUAUUGAUAAAUGGUCAAGUUCAGAUGAUGUUGAUAAUUUAUUGGAUGAAAUUAAAUUAAAAGACAUUAAACCAUUAUUUGUCAUAUAUUGUGCGUGUGCUGCGAGCAGAGUCGAUAGUGUCAUGCUUACUACAUUGUUGAAAUCAUUACAGAAGGAUGGUAUACCGGUCGCUUAUGUGAUAACGAAUAUGUACGCCCAUACAAAUGAACAGCUAAAAGGUCAACUAUCAGGCGGUUUACAAAUAAUGAGUGAAAUAUUCUACAGUGAAACGGGCCCGGUACAAAUAAAUAAAUUUCACUAUGAAUUCAACGAUUUAUACGAUAAUCAACAAAAUCUAGUACGCGAGGGUAAAGGUUUAUUGAUUGCUGUUAAUUCGGCACCAUUUGAAAAUGACCUUACACAAACCUAUCUGCCUGUGAAACAUAUUUAUGAACUUAUGGAUUUUGUUGCAAAAAAUCUUCAUGAUAAAGAUUUUGCAAAAUUUGUUGCUUUAACAUUAAAUAAUAGAGACUAUUGGGAUAGAGUUUCAGAUGCAAUCAAAUCAAAAUGUCACUCGAUAAAAGACACGCUCAAACAGUGGGGUUUUAAUCUAUGGGAAAUGUUAAAAAACCUCUACUCAAAACCAAAGGGCGAGGAGAAAAUAGUGGAGUAG